UAGAAAAGGUUUAUACAAAAAUCAAAAAUGGAGAAUAUCCGUUUGCUGAAGGGAGCUUCCGAAGUGAUAGAUGUGAGGGAAUUCUUUGAAAAAUGGGAUUCUUCUGUGUUACCAUGUCUUGGAAUGGACUAUUCAUCGCAGGAUCCAGAAAGUGAUGCUAUUGCAAAAGAUAUGGGCGUUUCUAUCGAUACGGUUAUGGAACUGAACUCGGUUUGUGGAGUGGAUACCCUGAAGAAUGGUGAUGAACUCCCAGAUAUGACAUUGCUCAAGACUUUCCCAGAUGAUAUUGAUCUCAUGACUGUUAAGAUGCAAAAAAACGAAAUAAUGAAAAGAAACACUAGCAGCAAGUAUAAACAGUUCGUCAUGAAAAAACUGAAAUACAAGACUGUGCAGGAGAAACUCUCUAACUUUGGUAACACUCAUCCCAGUAAUGAUUCAAAGCCAAAUAUUCCAAGUGAAUAUAAGAUUGGACAUGAUGCUUUGCUGGAGCUAAGUAUACACACUGCCAUGUGUAUGGGAGCCAGUCAAAAUAUCCAACCAAAGCUGGGACUUGACCAGAAGUUCCAGGUCCUUGGAAGUCAGCGUCUGUCAGAUCUGCGUGACAAGAUCAGCUGUGUGAAUGACCUGGCGAUAGCUGGGGACUUCAGUGAGAACCCCGACGACAACUCCGGCUUUUAUGCAAAGGAUGUAUACAGAUCAGGCUUUUUCUACAUUGAGGGAGUGUUUUACAACGAUUUGAGAGAAGUUGAUAGUCGUGAUUACAGUAGGGUGAUUAGAAAGUGGGCAGCUGAGGAAGGCCGAGGUAUAGGACAAAUGACGACUCAGAACAUGGAUGAUGCAUUUUUCAUGGACCUCAAAGUUCGGCUCGGGCAGCCAUACCUGUACAUGCACCAGGGAAACUGCGAGCAUAUCAUCAUCUUCAACGACAUACGUCUUUUCCACAAUGAUGAUCUCCAGGACCGCAGAGAGUACCCAAAACUGACGUACAAGAGGACUUACAAACGUUCAAUAUGCCGUGUGUGCGAGAUACAUUCCUCUCGGUGGCUGACCUAUAACAGCAAGCACGCACCUGAUGACCCUUCCUUCUUCUGUGACCAAUGCUUCAGGGCCCUUCACUACGAUAAAGACGGUAAAAAAAUUGGCAACUUCAAGGCUUACAAGUACUUUGAUAAACAAGCAGUGUUAUGAGAAUACAGGACUAAUCUCCCUGGGUAUGAAAUACAUGCAGGCCAAUAUGCAAUUCUUGAAGGUAUUCAAGGACUUUGAAGCCAACCAGCUAAAGCUUCCUUCCAAUAUUGGAGCAACAACACAUCAGGGUCCACUGCUUCAAAAGAAUACUUGUUGGUUGUCAUUAAUCUGAAGCUAAUAUUUUUGUACCACAUACAAUUCUUUUGUGUCAUCUCUGUGUAGCCCACACCAGAGAGCUGAAGGUGAUAUCAAGGGGUCCGGAACAGGUGCCUGUUAUCCGGCAAAAUCGUCCCAAAGUACUAGUCAUUCAAGUAUUUUACAAAAUAUUCUGCUUUGUGCAUUUGUUGGUCUCAAGUAUAGCUCUCAGUUUUUGUUACUUGGUAAGCAGGUACAAUAAACAGAAACUAAGUGGAAUUACUUUAUGCUUAAUUUGUCCAAAAUUGAUUCCAAGUAUAUAAAUGUAUACUAUAUGGCAGGUGAAUAUUGCCCUAGUGGGCAAAAUAUUUAUCAAAUGUAACAGUUGACAAUCACAAAUUUCUUCUGUGUUAUGAAGCUAGCAGAAUAUUUUGUUGCAAUAAAUAUUUUACAACCUUUA